GGAAAAUCGUUUUGUAAAAAAGCAUUGAAAAGUUCUAAAACAGCACAAAAGUACCAGAAAUCGACAAUAACAAUAACAAAAUUGAUUUGCAUCAUAUAGCUGAAUGGAUCAUUGUGCUGGUUAAGAAGUCAAUACGAGUCUCCCCACCUGCUUUUUGUUCAGCUGCUCAAUUAAGACAGAAUCUCAGUGAGUUUAGGAUCUCAGGAUGAAGUUUCGACCAAAAGAUGGCAAGCUGAAGUAACGAGAAAUAGACACUUUAAUCAAUUUCAUCUGAUGGACCAAUCAGAAGCCUGGAAACAUAUGCUAUAUGAAGAUUAGGAUGGUUUGAUGUUAAAAUAGCGGGAGCUUGAGGUAGUAAAAUGUGACAAACUUAUUGGAGAUAGAAAUACAGCGGGAGGCAGAAUCAUUGGAGUGUGGCCAUCAAGUCACGCUAUUGACCACUGACUUCUUCAAGCUAGGACAACAGUUAAAACUAACCAAGUAUGGAUUUACUACAGAUUAAUGAUCCUCGUGUUUUCUUAAUCCCUUUAGUGCUCCUGGUUGCCGUAAUUGCUGCUCCACAAAGCGGACCUGCUGCUGCGGGACUCAGUGAUACGGUUCCUAUGGCGACCACUCAAGCACCAGGCGGCUAUGUACGCGUAGAUUUUGUGAUGAAGAAUAUGACAAAGUAUACGGGAGAGUCACUGAGACUCAGGUGUGAGAUAACAGGUGACCCAGCACCAAGAUAUAGGUGGUUCAGAAAUGAGGUAUCUCUGAAGAAUGAAGACAUGGGAGGAAGGAUCAACAUUAAACGCACACAUUGGGGAUCAAGACUGCGACUUGAUAACCUUCAGAUGGAUGAUGCUGGAACAUUUGCUUGUCAGGGCCUCAACCAAUAUGGGAGAAAAUCAACCUCUGGUCAGCUGACCAUACUGCCAGGACCAAACCCAAAUGCCAAGCCUGAUCUCGAUGAUCCUAACCUAGGAGACAGUGAUAACAGUGAGUUUGAUGACACCUAUGGUAUAGACUACUACAAGGAGCACCUGCCUGACACACCUGAUACUGGCUGGAAUGGGGGUAUUUAUGACACUGGAAUGUAUGGAGAGGAAGCUAGACAGAUGGAAGGGUUCUGUCAACCAUACAAGGGUGCUGCGUGUCACAAAUUCCUGGCCAACAAAAGCAUCUAUGUCACAUCUAAGGUUCAACAGAAGCAGAUAGAUGAGAGAUUAGCAACUGCAUAUUCUGUGAUAGCCCAGUCUAGUGAUCUAUCUGCCAAUUGUGCAAAAUACGCAAUACCCAGUCUCUGUUUCAAUGCAUUUCCGCUAUGUGACAACAGCGGACCAAAACCCAAACCGAAGAAAAUCUGCAGAGAGGAAUGUGUAGCCUUAGAGGAUACGAUAUGCAAAAAUGAGUUUCUCAUUGCAAGUGCCAAUCCUUUAAUAGCUGAUAAGAUUAUCCUACCCAAGUGUGAUAUCCUCCCCCUACCAGGGACCCCUGAGGCUGCCAAUUGUCUCAGCGUUGGUGCUCUUGGGCCCAGCCGUAAUCUAGAUAUACGCCAUACAUGCUACAAUGGGACAGGGAACACUUACAGAGGCACAGUGAGUCACACUCUGUCUGGAUAUGAGUGCCAAAAGUGGAACGAAAACUCACCUCACAAUCCAAUGAGUUUUUUCCAAACUUCAAGUUUUCCUGAACUAGGUGACCACAAUUAUUGCCGUAACCCUGGAAACAGGGAAGAUGCCCCCUGGUGCUUUACUAGAAACCCCAAUGUUCCUAGAGAGCUAUGCUCUAUACCUAAAUGCUCUGAAGUAAAGGGCAGCGAAGGCGUUAGUGAAAUCAUCAUGAUCCUCGUCCCUUGUAUCGCGGUACCUCUGGCCUUAGCACUGCUUCUCUUCAUAAUAUGCAUGUGCAAGAGAAACAAACAAGCACUCAAGGAUAAGACCGCAAAGCGCUCCAACGGCAACAUGGAACUGAGUCCUUUGACCUCCAAGCAGAGCCUCAGAUCAACCGAAUACCCCAUGAGCUGUAUAAGAUUCCUCCAGGAACUUGGAGAGGGAGCAUUUGGCAAGGUGUACAAAGGGGAGCUCAUUGGCUACCCAUCAGAGCAUGCGAUCACUAAAGUAGCAAUCAAAACAGUGAAAGAUAAUGCAGCGUCUAAAACACAGACUGAUUUCAAAAAGGAGAUUGAUUUGAUGGAGGAUUUAAAGCACCCUAAUAUUGUAUGCCUCAUAGGUGUGUGUCUCAGAGAGGAACCUCACUGUAUGUUAUUUGAGUUCAUGGCACAUGGGGACCUACAUGAGUACCUCCAAACUCACUCCCCACAUUCAGAUGUCUCAAUCAGUGAUGACGAUACCACACCUCACGUCCUCGACCAAUCAGACAUGUUUUAUAUAGCCAAUCAGGUGGCAGCAGGAAUGGAAUAUCUCGCCACCCACCAUUUUGUGCACAGAGACCUUGCGUGUAGGAAUAUAUUAGUAGGAGAAAAUGUGACUGUCAAAAUCUCAGACUUUGGCUUGUCCAGAGAUAUAUACUCAUCGGACUAUUAUCGAGUACAGAGCAAGAGCUUGUUGCCAGUACGCUGGAUGCCCCCAGAGGCUAUCCUCUAUGGCAAAUUCUCAGUGGAGAGUGAUAUAUGGAGCUAUGGGGUUGUAUUAUGGGAGAUAUUCAGCUAUGGACUCCAGCCGUAUUACGGUUUCUCUAACCAGGAAGUGAUUGAAAUGAUCCGGGCGCGUCAAGUCUUGCCUUGUCCCGAUGACUGCCCAUCUCGCAUGUAUACGCUCAUGAUAGAAUGCUGGCAUGAGGUAGCUGGUAGGAGGCCCCACUUUAGAGAGAUUAACACAAGGUUACGUCAUUGGCGUGGUGAGAGCUUAGCUGUACAUAACCAUGUUGCUCACAGCCAAUCUGGCCACUCUAGUAGUGCACCUAGUAGCCAUCACUCUACUGGACCCAGUAACAACACCCAGACCAGCCAGAUAACCAAUCAGUCCUUAGGCCACCGACCCAUGCCAACCACAAUCCCACCACCCACCCAACCCCCAGUCAACCCAUAUCAACUGUUACAACAACAUCAGAUGAUGCAGCAGCAGAUGAUGCAAC